AUGGGAGGACGGGCUCCGUGGUGCCGGCCACACGGGGUCGUUGUGAGCACGCCUGGAGAGGCUGUGGGAGCCCGGCACGCGGAGCCCAAGACCCCGGGGCGGUCUCAUCACUGCCGCCGCCCCGGCUCCACUGCUGUGAGCUUGGCCUGCCCCGAGCUCCAGGGAGGCAGCGCUGUAGUGGACUCUUGGGCCACCCACCGACUGUCUCUGACCAGACCUGCAGGGUCUCCAGAGGGUGAGAUCCGAGAGGCCUUCAAAGUCUUCGACCGCGAUGGCAAUGGUUUCAUCUCCAAGCAGGAGCUGGGCACGGCCAUGCGCUCCCUGGGCUACAUGCCCAACGAGGUGGAGCUGGAGGUCAUCAUCCAGAGGCUGGACAUGGACGGUGACGGCCAGGUGGACUUUGAGGAGUUUGUGACCCUCCUGGGACCCAAGCUUUCCACCUCGGGGAUCCCGGAGAAGUUCCACGGCACUGACUUUGACACCGUCUUCUGGAAGUGCGACAUGCAGAAGCUGACCGUGGACGAGCUGAAGCGACUGCUCUAUGACACCUUCUGUGAGCACCUGUCCAUGAAGGACAUCGAGAACAUCAUCAUGACGGAGGAGGAGAGCCACCUGGGCACGGCGGAGGAGUGCCCCGUGGACGUGGAGACCUGCUCCAACCAGCAGAUCCGCCAGACGUGCGUGCGGAAGAGCCUCAUCUGCGCCUUCGCCAUCGCCUUCAUCAUCAGCGUCAUGCUCAUAGCGGCCAACCAGGUGCUGCGCAGCGGCAUGAAAUAG